GUUGCCGUCAUAUUGUAUUACGAGGACAGCAGUCGGACAGAUCGCCGCGUCUAGAACCUCCCCGCCACUACCGUCUUACCGUUGAUGCGAGGUCAAUGGGUUGUGCAGCGCGCACGACGCGGCUUCGGGGCAUCAUCAACCAUAGCGGCGACUCACCGAGCCGCAACAUCAUGUCCACCCUGUUAUCCAUCUAGAGCAUCUAGAGCAUCUAGAGCAACCAUCCACAACUCCAGGCCUACUCCCAGAAGGUGCCACCAGUCUAUCCAGAAACCCCAUUAUCUAUCCUACCCAGGAACGAAACGCACCUUCUUCACCACCUCCCUCCCCCCCAUCCUCAUCCCCCCCACCAUCUUCCUCGGCCUCCUCCUCGGCCUCUGGACCUGGAAAUGCUUCUGGAUCGUCCUGCUACAAGAUAAACUCCUCUACCUCUCCUGGCUCCCACCGCUCUCGCGCUCCGAGACCAUCACCGCCUACGAACCUGAAUGCCGUCCCGUGCAAUGGACCACGCAGCAGAUCCGCAGCCUGGACGGCACGAAGCUCACCGUCUGUGAGGGCCGUCUCCCGCGACGACAACCCCCCGAAAAGACGGUAGUCAUCUGCUACUUCCAGGGUAACGGCGGCUCCACCCCGCUGCGCUUACCGUUACUCUCCCAGACCCUGCGGGCAUUGUCCAAUGCCCCGCCAGGUUCUAGAAACCCAGAACCAGAGGUCGAGUACAUCAUCACCGCCCUCUCCUACCGCGGGUACUGGACCUCGUCCGGCCGCGCCUCGCAAAGGGGCAUCGAGCGCGACGCCCAGGCGUUUCUGGCGUGGGUGAUGCCGACCUACGCGGCGCCGGACCGAGAGGUCCGGGUCGUCCUGUGGGGUCACAGUCUGGGCUCCGCGGUUGCGACCACCGCGCUGGCGACGUAUCUCAGCAAUGGAGCAUCGACUGCUUCACCACCCCCCAUCACAGGCCUGAUCAUGGAAGCACCCUCCUCCAGCGUCAAGGAGAUGCUUAUCAGCCUGUAUCCGCAGAAGUGGCUACCGUAUCGGUAUCUGUGGCCGUUCCUGUGGAACCACUGGGAUAGUUUGCUCGCGUUACGGCGGAUGGUGGCGUGGCGCGAUGGGACGACUCGAGAUGCUGAGACAGCGCCCUUGAAUCGGAGAUCACUACCGCCAAUUCUGUUGCUCACUGCUGUGAACGACGAGGUGAUUCCUCCGGAGGCGGCGGCGCAGUUGGAGGCGGAAGCACAGCGGUUGGGAAUUGAGAUGGUGAGGACGGACGUGCCCGGGGCGAUGCAUACAGAGGCACCGGUGCGGCCGGCGGGGAGGAGGGCGUUGGUGGAGUUUAUCCAGGCGAGGAGUUGA